CCGAUCGCGAUCGUCGGCAUGGCAGGUCGAUUUCCUGGGGCGGAGAAUGUGGACGAGUUGUGGAAAGCUCUGAUGGACGGACAGGAUCUCCACACAGAGAUCCCUCGGGAUCGGUUUGAUGCACAAUCACAUCUCGAUGCACCAGCCUUUGGGUGCUUCCUGGACAAGCCGGGGCUCUUUGACUCGAGAUUCUUCAAUAUCUCGCCCCGGGAAGCGCUGCAGACCGAUCCGGGACAGCGUCUGGCACUGACCACGGCGUACGAGGCGUUGGAGAUGGCCGGAUUCGUUCCCAAUCGGACGCCAUCGUCUCAGCUUGAGCGAGUCGGGACGUUCUAUGGACAAGUUGCAGACGAGUACAAAGAACAGAACGCCACUCAGCAAGUCGGGACCUAUUUCAUACCAGGAACCAUGCGGGCAUUUGGUCCGGGUCGCAUUAGCCAUUUCUUCAGAUUCGGUGGGCCGUCUAUGACUAUUGACACCGCCUGUAGCUCCAGCCUAGUCGCCUUACAUGUCGCAUGCAAUGCUAUAUGGAACGGCGACUGUGACACGGCCGUCGUUGGCGGAAUGAACAUUGUGACCAGUUCGGACAAUUACAACGGCCUGAUUUCAGGGCAUUUCCUCUCCCCAACCGGUUCCUGCAAGACCUUCGACAACGCAGCGGACGGUUACUGUCGAGGCGAAGCAGUGGCAUCGAUUGUGAUCAAACCACUGAGUGCGGCCAUUGCUGACAAUGACAAGAUCUUGGGGACACUGCUUUCCUCCUCCAUGAAUCACUCCUGGGGAUCGUCUUCCAUUACCCAUCCAUGGGCUCCGGCGCAGCAGAGACUGUUCCGAAAGGUCGUAGCAGAUGCCGGCAUUCGUCCUGGCCAUGUCAAUUACAUCGAAAUGCACGGCACAGGCACUCAGGCAGGAGACGCGGUAGAGAUGUCUUCGAUCCUGAACACCUUCGCCACACCCCGUCACUCCUCUCACUUCCCACUCCUUCUGGGAUCCAUCAAGGCAAAUCUUGGUCACGGAGAGUCGGCAUCCGGCAUCACCUCAGUAAUCAAAGCUCUUCUAAUGAUCCGCCAGAAGCUCGCUCCGCCCCAUGUUGGGAUUAAGAGCGUAAUCAACAGCCAAUUCCCUCCCAUGAGCGAGCGAAACGUAGCCAUACCUCGACAAGCUAUCUCGCUUCCCGACUCGAUCACUACUGACGAAGAGAACAAAACUACCAUUCUUAUCAACAACUUCGAUGCGGCCGGUGGCAACGCGGCGUGUAUUAUCAGCCAAGCGAGCAAGGCUACCGAGGAACGGCGGAAGAUACCUACCAAAGUUCCCAAUUGGCUUCCCAUUGCCAUUUCUGCCAAGUCCUGGACCUCACUGGAAGGAAAUGCUCAGGGGCUGCGACAGUAUCUCAAGCAAGUUCCGCAGCCGUCACUUGUGGACCUCUCGUACACCACCAUGGCUCGGCGAAUCCAUCACAGACUGCGUGCAGUCAAAGUGGUUUCGACCGUUGCAGAGGCUGAAGAAGCUUUGAAUUCCAUCUCAGACGAUGGGGUCGAACAUGCUGUUUCUGGGGAACGAAAGCUAGCUUUGAUCUUUACAGGGCAGGGAGCAUUCGAUAUACACUCAGUAAGACUGCUUGCGCAAUCCUGUGGAUACUUCCGAGCCACCUUGCUGCAUUAUAACCAGAUCGCGACUUCUCAGCGAAUUCCAAGCUUCGAGGAAUUCAUCACGAACGAGGGAGGUGAACCAGACUUCGUCUCGAAGCAAGUCCUCAUCUUGGGUGUGCAGAUGGCACUGCUCAGACUCCUCCAAAGAUUUGGCCUUAGGCCGGAUCUUGUAUUGGGCCACAGCUUUGGAGAAUAUGCUGCCUUGGUCGCCGCUGAGGUUCUCACGGCCAGAGACGCGAUUCGCCUUGUGGGAACCAGGGCAAGGCUAUUGGAGAAAUAUUGUUCAACGGAGAGCCACCUCAUGUUGGCGGUGAACGCAAGCUUGGAUACCAUUCGUGAAACUUUGGACGAGAAAUUGUCGACAGUGGAAGUUGCGUGCUUCAACAGUCCCCAAGAUACUGUGCUGGUUGGAUCUGCAGAUACCAUUCAAGACCUGCUCCAAAUCUUUAAGCCUCGAGGUACUCGCUGCAAGAUCUUGGGCAUGCCAUUCGGCCAUCACUCGGCGCAGAUGGAGCCUUUGCUAGGUGACCUGAGAGAAGAACUCGAGUGCUUAACUUUCAAGACACCUAGCAUUGCCGUAGCCACGCCAACGGCCUCUGCAACCGUCGUACGAAGUAGUCCAACUCUGAACGCAGAAUACAUCGUUCGCCAAAUCCGCGAUCCAGUCCAUUUCCGAGGGGCACUGGAAGCUUCUCAGGCAGAAGGGUUCUCCCCCCAGAAUACGUGUUGGUUAGAGAUUGGAACGACCCCAGUUUGCCUGGCUAUGAUUCACGCAACUAUGGGGCCUUGCAAGCUGCUAUUGUCGUCCAUGCGCCCAAAAGAGCAUCCCUGGAAGACUCUGUCAUGCAGUCUAGCUCGAAUGCACUCUUACGGCUACAAUGUCUCUUGGGAUGCGUACUACGCGGAUUUGGAGGGCUUACCCGAGGUCUUGCACCUACCAUCGUAUGCAUGGGAGCAGAAGAACUACUGGAUUCCAUACGAGAACGACUGGCGUCUACAUGUACACACUAAGUCGAACAUGCCGAAGACGCAGGUUCCAUCCAGCCUGCCGAAGCAACUGACCACGACCGUUCAUAGGCUCGUGCUGGAGGAAUCAAUCAGUGAUGUGGCCGCAAAAGUUGUCUUCGAAACCGAUUUUGCCUACCCUCCACUCCGCGAUGUCAUUAAGGGGCAUGCGGUGGCUGGCAAGUAUCUUUGCCCGGCGUCGGUCUACACGGACAUGGCCAUGACCAUCGCGGAUCAUGCGAGAAGGACUUAUCCUCUCACCACAGACGCGUCAGGAAUGACAGUAAAACGUAUGGAGAUCAUGCAGCCCAUCUUGGUUCCGGAACAAUGUCCACCGGGCCCACAAUUAGUCAACAUUACUGCACUCGUGGAUUUGACGGCAGGAUGUCUAGACAUACAGCUUUGUUCCGAGUUCAGUGGCGAGAAGAAGCAACACGCUCAGUGUCGAGUAGUGUUCUCGGAUGACAAAGCCUGGAGUUCGAAACUGGCAUCGUCAGAGUUUAUGAUCAACGAACGACGACGUCAGAUCCACGAAAAUGUGGCCCAAGACGAUAUCAAUAAGUUCGGAAGGCAAUCAGCGUACACAUUGUUCGCAUCGCUGGUGGAUUACAGUGCCCAAUUCCAAGGACUGCAUCAGGUGUACCUAGCACCAGGCCUCGAAGCGACUGCAACGAUCAGAUUGCCUGUUGCGGAAAACGAGGAGGAGAAGUUCUUCUGCUCUCCAUACUGGAUCGAUAGCUUGCUCCAUCUUUCUGGCUUGGUACUCAACGGAAAUCCUCUUUUCACAUCCAAAGACGCGGUCUAUAUCUCCCAUGGGUGGCGGUCAUUACGUCUUCCAACCGAGAUCAACCCACAAAAGCAGUAUGAAGUGCACGUCAGAAUGCACAACAUCCGACCCGGGAUCUACACUGGUACAGUACACAUCUUCGAGCAGGAUGCACUUGUUGGGGUUGCCAAAGGAGUGGAUUUCAGGCGUAUACCGAAGAAAGCUCUACCAAUGUUGUUGGCUGCAGUGCACGAUGGACCUAUAACACCACCCGCUGGUCAAAAUAUCAUCCUUACAAGAUCAAGACAAGAGACCCCUGGAGUCACUCAUGCUCCGCCCGAGAAGACCGGCGAAAGCAAUCUCGACUUGUCCAGUCAAUGUGAGAAAACCAUGGAGAUAAUCUCGCGCGAGUGCGGCGCGGAGUUGCGGACUUUGCCUCGUGACACACGUCUGGAAAGCCUAGGAAUCGAUUCGCUCAUGACCUUGACGAUACUAGGAGCUGUACGCCAUGAAUUAGGAGUCGACUUAGCCCAAGCCGUGUUCCAUGACUGUAAAACGGUUGGGGAAUUGCAAGAAUUCCUCCUCGGGGCAAGUGGCGAUUCCAGCGAUGGAACAUCCGAGAAGUCUGGAUCCGAAACAACACCUUCUACUCUCGAGUCACCACCGACGACACUCAGCCAGCUGGACGGACUUCAUGAGAGCCGGGAAGGUAUGAGUUCUCAGAGUGUUUCCAUUCUCCGAUCAAUUGUUGCACAGCAGAUUGGCAUCAGUACUGAAGAGCUACUUCAACAGGACCAAUUCGAUGACCUCGGCGUAGAUUCCUUGAUGCGUCUAUCGAUAAUGGGCGAAGUACAGUCUCAACUUGGAUUCAACGCGAUGGAUUUACUUCACGGGGGUAUUAGCAGCUACUCCGAGCUCGAGGCGGGAUUUUUGGCAAAGCUCUGCCCUACUCCUGCCGUUUUACCGUCCCGCGCUGAGGCCCACGACAGGCGAGGCGAUGAUUCUCACCAUACCCGAAUGGACAACGGCCAUGCGGCAAGCCAUCUCUCGAACGCCUUCAAUCGUGAUCCACGAUCGGCGAAGACCUUCUUGUUCCUUUUCCCAGAUGGAAGUGGAUCCGCAACGGUAUACCUGAAUCUCGAUUUUCCCGCAUUCGGCCCAGAUACCUGUGUCAUUGGUCUAAGCAGUCCUUAUAUCCGGCAACAAGGGCACAGAGGGAUGUUCACGGUGGAAAGUCUUGUGGAGCUUUGGGUGAAAGAAAUUCGGAAGCAUCAACCUCACGGGCCAUAUCUUCUGGGUGGAUGGUCAGCAGGAGGGUACUACGCUUUUGAAGCAUCACGGGCUCUACAACGUGCUGGCGAGAGUGUGAGCAAGUUGAUUCUGAUCGAUUCGGCGCCUCGGAACGCCUUCGAAGCCAUGUCGGAGGAGCUGAUUUCCGUUCUUUCGAAGCUGGGAGCUUUCAGUGACGAUGGCAGAGAAUGCCCGGGAUGGGUCACUGACCACUUCCAAGCAACUGUCCAGGCCAUCGCAGGUUACAAGCAAUUUCCGCUUGCAGGUAAUGGAUCUGGCGGUGCUUCUCUCGACGUACAUAUCAUCUGGGCUUCGUGCGGAGUGCUAGAGGAUCAACAGCACCUAUUGAGUGGUCGACAAGCCCUUGUGACCACCUCCUCUAGUAGCUCCAAAAUUGCUCGAUUCCUCCUGGCUCCGAGACAAACUGUGCGGCUUCCGAACACCGAAUGGCAGCAGCUGCUUCCUCACGCCAGCAUAACAAUAUCUCAAGCCCCGGGGACGCACUUCAAUCUGCUUCGACAUCCGCAGGUAGGUGAAUCUCCAGCACUGACCUUUCCCCAUUGG